AUGGAUAGGAUGGAUGCAAGAACAAGACAGUUUAUAUUGAUGGCUCAACAAUUGGGUCUGUUUCAAAGAGCAAGAGAUGAAGAUGACGAUAGUGAUGAUGAUGAUGAUAGUGACGAAGACGAUUAUUCCUAUGAUGAUAGUUCCGAAGACGGUGGAUACUAUUAUGAUAGUGAUGAUAGUGACGACCCCUAUGGUAACGGUGGUAUCUGUGCGUGUUGUCACCACCACCACUAUGAUGACGAUGACUCUAGCUCUGAUUCAGAGUCGUAUGGUAAUUAUAGAUCCACAUCGACGUUGUCGGAUCCUCGAAGAGAGUUGUACGGCACCUAUUCAUUCCACUAUAGUUUGGGUCACGAAGGCUUCUUUUAUCAUCCCAAAGAAGACUAUCUCGCCGAAGAUGAGGGUGACUUGAAGAUCGUUGCCGACGACCAUAUGGCCAUGUUCAAGGCGCAACUCGGUACAGAGGUAUGUUCGGCGUACCAAGGGGCUAUGGGUGUGGUGGAUACGUUUGAAAGGUCAAAGACCCAAAACAUGCCACAGGUCAAUCUGUCGGCAAGCCGUGCACGUCUCUUGAAAGAGGCAAAUGCUCCCGAUGCAACACUCGACUCGGUUGCCAUGACGACCGAUGCAUUGUCUAAAUUGAAACUACCCGAUCUCAAGAAACUGUGUCGUCGUCUGGGUUGCACGAUUGGUGGCAAGAAAGAGGCAGUGGUCGAUCGAAUCAUCAAGCAGGCCGAGGUAAAUGCAAAGGCACCGAAAAAGGCCGAUCUUGUCGUCGAGCAACACACAGCGUCCAAGUUGCACCAAAUGACCGUGACGCAGCUGCGUCGUGUCAUGGAAAAGUACGGUAUCGACUUUACGGCCAAGACGGUCAAACGCGAGAUGAUCCAAAUGAUCGAGCGCUGCGACUUGACCGCGCUCGACCACCGCGUGUCGGCCGCCCAGAUGGACGACUAUUUCAGAGGACAGGUGCAGUACACUCUGCCACCCAGUGUCGUCUUGCAAAUCUUCCACAAUGCGUUUGUCGGCUCGUUGCAGUCUGACGCGACGUCUCCCAAGACUUGGAUGCGUUGGAAAUUGUCGUUGGGGCUCAUCAACAAAUGGGCAUUCAAGAAUGUGUCGCAGUGGUUCACAAGUGUAUCACUCACCAAGCUCAGAACUUGGAAUGCAUAUCAAAAGAAUCCCGAGGAGGUGGUAUUGUACCGUCACUUUAUCAAUCCAUUCUGUCUGCUCAAAAACAUCACCAAGUUGUCAAUCUAUGAUUAUGACCUCGAAGUGAUGUCGUUGAUUCGCGGCACCAAACCCACUCUGACACCUGCCAUGACAUCAAUGUUUGGCAACCUCGAGUCGUUUACAGUGUCACACUCUGUCUUUCACAAAUGCUCUAAUCAUCUCACCGUACCACCUUUCCCUAAACUGAGAUCGGUCACUAUACACGAAAGCACUUAUGUCUCUAUCGAGACAACGUCCGUCGACACUGUCACCAAGAUUGACGCACGUUACCUUCACACUGGACUCGUUGCCACCAACAUGCAGUCAAUGUACUCGCAAUCUAUUCACGGCAACCCCGACACGCUCGAGAGUCUCUCCAAACUCACCACAUUGCGUCGUGUCGAACAAUCAUCUCGUCAACUCUCCAAUAGUACCAGUGGCGGUAUCAAAAAAGAUCAAGAACAAAUUGAAAAAGAUAUUGCAAAGGAAAUUAAUGAUAAAGUUGCUAUAAUAGUUCAAUUAUUAAAGGAUAUUGAUACUCAAACUGCUUCACAAAAACAAACAAGAGCACAUAAUACAGUUAUAAUGAGAGAAUCAUUGGAUCAAAUUCCUUUCCUUUUACAUACAUGGAGAAGAGCAUAUAUUUUAUUCUCAAUUAAUGACAAGAUACCAAAUUCAUAUCAUUAUGAUUUGAGAAAUUCUGGAUCAACUAGUAUAUUCACAGAAUGGAUGGCAGAGAAUUAUACUCUUGAACAUUUAGCUUUGGACAACUAUGAUCCAGCCAUUGUAAAGGCAAUUGAGAAUUGCUCGACUCUUCACACUCUUGAAUUAUGUGAAGGUAAUGCUGACCCCGAAAAUAUAUUCCGCCAAUUGGCCAGCGAAGCACCUCCCAUCAAAACUCUUAUCUUUUAUGUAUCUGAUACCACAAAUAUCGAAAAAGUCUCUCAGUUGGCCACCAAAAUGAUUUCAUUCAAGGUCGAUUCUCAUCGUUAUUAUGCCAAUAAUGGUCAUUUCGAUGGUCCAACCUAUAAACUUGUAUUGAAAAGGGUAUCACCUACUACAAGUACAGUAGUUUAA